UGGGUGACACUGCUGUCGAAGACAUACAAAACCUAAAUAUAAAUGAAAAGGCAGGAUUUUAAACAAUUUAUUUAAUCGCGGUUAAUAUUUCUAUCGGCUAUUUAAGUGAUGUUAAACUUGUUCGUCUUCCGCGGACGCUGCGUGGUCCGUUUGAAGGAGACUUAUGCCACAUGGUCAAAAACUAAAGCGAUGAAAGAGAAAAAGAAAAAAACUGAAGAUGCAGGUUCCGUGUCGGAGUUGAACCCAUGGCCGGAAUAUAUCCAGAAGAGAAUUGCACUGUGGGAUAAAUAUAAGGCUCAAUAUGUUGAGGAGUUGGCUAGUAAACCAGAAUUGAGUAUUGUUGUCACACUGCCCGAUGGAAAGACCGUGGAAGCCAAAGCUUGGAGAACUACCCCAUAUGAUGUAGCUAAGGGUAUUAGCCAGGGUCUGGCGGACUCCACCAUCAUUGCCCGCGUAAACAAUGAGCUGUGGGACCUCGAUCGUCCGCUGGAAGGUGACUGCAAGUUGGAACUCCUCCGCUGGGAUAAUACCGACGCACAAGCUGUUUUCUGGCACUCGUCGGCCCAUAUGUUGGGCGAGGCUUUAGAAAGGGUUUAUGGCGGUUGUCUAUGCUAUGGUCCACCUAUCGAGGAAGGUUUCUACUAUGAUAUGUACUAUCCAGAGAAAGGGAUUUCAUCCAGCGAUUUCCAUGUACUAGAAGGUUUAAUAAAGAAGAUAGCUAAAGAGAAGCAGCCUUUUGAACGUCUGGAAUUGACCAAGGAACAACUGUUGGAAAUGUUUGAUUACAACCAAUUCAAAGUGCGUAUCCUGAAUGAGAAGGUGACCACGCCGACCACCACGGUGUACAGAUGUGGCCCGUUAAUUGACUUAUGUAGGGGGCCCCAUGUCCGACAUACUGGCAAGGUCAAAGCCGUUAAGGUUACUAAGAAUUCCGCAACAUACUGGGAAGGCAAAGCGGACGCAGAGAGUUUACAACGAGUUUACGGCGUUUCGUUUCCUGAGCCCAAACAGUUGAAGGAAUGGGAAGUGAUUCAAGAGGAAGCCGCCAAGAGAGACCACCGGAAGAUUGGCAGGGAACAAGAGUUAUAUUUCUUCCACGAACUAUCGCCCGGUUCCUGCUUCUUCCAGCCGCGCGGCGCUCACAUCUACAAUACGCUCGUCAACUUUAUACGAGAUCAAUACAGAGUCCGCGGAUUCCAGGAAGUGGUGACGCCCAAUAUGUACAACGCGAAGCUAUGGCAGACGUCCGGCCACUGGGCGCAUUACGCGGACAACAUGUUCUCAUUCGACGUCGAGAAGGAGACGUUCGCUCUCAAGCCCAUGAACUGCCCCGGACACUGCCUGCUGUUCGACAACCGCACGCGGUCGUGGCGCGAGCUGCCGCUGCGGCUGGCGGACUUCGGCGUGCUGCACCGCAACGAGCUGAGCGGCGCGCUCACCGGCCUCACGCGCGUGCGCCGCUUCCAGCAGGACGACGCGCACAUCUUCUGCACGCCCGCGCACAUCGAGACAGAGAUCUUCAAUUGUCUGGAAUUCCUGGAGCAUAUAUACUCGACGUUCGGGUUUACGUUCCAAUUGAAGCUCUCGACCCGGCCCGAGAAGUACCUCGGCGAUCUGGCGACGUGGGAUCAAGCUGAAAAGGCGCUGGCAGACUCGCUGAACAAGUUUGGCAAGCCGUGGCAGCUGAACCCCGAGGACGGAGCGUUUUACGGCCCCAAAAUAGAUAUCACCAUACAGGACGCGCUGCGCCGCUCGCAUCAGUGCGCCACCAUACAGCUGGACUUCCAGCUGCCGGAGAGGUUCAACCUCACCUAUGUCAGCGAGAGCGGCGAGAAGAAGCGGCCGGUGAUCAUCCACCGCGCCAUCCUGGGCUCGGUGGAGCGCAUGAUCGCGAUACUGAGCGAGUCGUACGCGGGCAAGUGGCCCUUCUGGCUCAGUCCGCGCCAAGUCUGCGUCGUGCCUGUCGGGCCUGCGUUCGACGACUACGCCGUACAGGUGAACAAACAGCUGUACGAGGCCGGCUUCAUGUCGGAAGUGGACACGGACGCCGGCGACACACUCAACAAGAAAGUGAGGAAUGCGCAGCUCGCUCAGUUCAACUAUAUACUCGUCGUGGGCGAAAGGGAGAAGAGCUCCGGUACAGUGAACGUGCGCACGCGCGACAACAAAGUGCACGGCGAGAUGUCGGUCGAGGGGCUGAUACAGCAUCUGAACGCACUCGUACGGGACAAGACCCUCUCGGACGACAGUCAGCUACUCAAAUAGCCUAGAAUCAAUUGUAUUUAGUAUUCCUAUUUAUUUAUAUGGCAAAACACACAUUUUUAUUGCAUAAACAUAUACAUAAAAAACGUAAUAGAAAUCAGCUGAGCUGUUUCAGAGGUGUGCUACAAACACGGUGACACGAGAUUUAUAUAUAUAUAUAUAUAUAUAUAUAUAUAUAUAUAUAUAUAUAUAUAUAUAUAUAUAUAUAUGUAGAUUUAAAAAAUCUGAUGUGUGUUUUGUCAGUGCAGUGAUUUUUAAUAUAAGGUAUAAAUAUAAACGUCACAUUGAAUUCGACUGUCUGUUUUUAGGUCAUAAUAACUGUUUCAUAUAAUUUGUCGAUUGUAGACACAUAGCUACAAUGCAGACAUUAUUUGGUAUUCAGUUUGAAUCACAAUAUUCCACUGUUUUGCAUUUGUAAAUGUUCCAAUAGAGUGAUAAAUAAGUAAAUAAAUGUACUCUAACAUUUUAGAGUUAGUAAAAUUGUAGCUAGUUUUAUACAUUUUAGUUUACGUCUACUCUGUCUACAUUAUUGACUACAUCUCCACUGUACUGUCUAUUGAAACAUUUGUAAAUAGCAAAAUUGGGGCAUACAAUAUCAGUAGUCCCGAUCUAUGUUCUAAUUUUAAAAUAAACCUACUUAAAUAAAAUUAAAAAAAAAAUAGCUUAAUUUUUUUUUAUAGCACAUUAGUUGAUACUAAUUUAAUUCAUAAGACGUUGUAUUUGCUUGUGUACAUGGUAACACAUGUCACAUACAGGGUUGCAUAGUAUUCGGUGGAAUGUAAUGCCCUUAUUCAUAAAAAUGUCAAACAUAUUUUAGCUAUUGAGUAGUUUCGUCUCUGUCUUUUACACUAAAUUCUCAGUUUGUAUGAAAGAGAUAAAAGAGUGUAAUAGUUAAAAUAGGUUUGUAGGAGGUUUUAGUUUUUAUGAAUAAAGGGUAAACCUUUACAAGUUGUAUUUUUUUUUUCAUAAUUCCAAGAAAUGCAUCUAAUUAUUUAUGUACUAGAUUUAAGUACAUGGUUCUAAUAAAUGCUUUUAAAGUGUA